AUGAUAAAGGUGGAUAAUAAUAGUGAUUUAUUGAUUCAUCAUUUUACUUUAACUUUAGAUAUAAAGAUACCAUUCGAUUUCUUUAAUAAUCAAAGAUAUGAUAUUAUAGGUAGAUAUGGAGUGAAAUUGCAAACUAAUUUAUUAUUAAGAAUUGCAGUAGUUUGUUUAAUCAUAGCAUUAUUUUGGAGAAUUAUCCCAUGGUAUCUCUUUUUAUCAUUCUCACUUGAUAUUCUAGUAUCAAUCUUUGGAAUAUUCUCAAGUUAUUUUAGAUCUUCAAUAUCUUUAUUAAUUUUUUUUAUUGCAAGUUUAAUAAUAUUUCUAUUUAAUUUUAUACCAAUUGUAUUAAUUAAUGCAAUGGUUUGGAAUAGUGCAGACAAUGUUUCAUUGAUCGAUAUUAUUCAUUCAACCCUUCAUUUGUUAUGGUUUGCAUUAGAGGUUCUAUGUUUACACAUGGCAAAGAAACAAAAACGGUACAUUAAAAUACAUAAAUCUCAGUUGGCCAUUGCACAAGACCGUACUUCACAAUUUGAAGGUGACAAACAAAAGUGUAUACCAUCUUUUACAAUCUCUAUUGAUCCUCCAUCUAGUAAUCAUUAUUUACCUAGUAUUAGUAGUAGUAGUAAUAAUAAUAGUAAUGCCAACAUACACAAUGCAACCAACUCUUAUAUAGACCCAUUUACAACAAUGAUGGAAAAGGGGUAUAUCGAUCCUACAAUGGAUGAAUAUUAUUAUCAUAUUCCCAACAACAAUAAGAGAUCAUCAUCAUCAUCAUCAUCUUACAACAAUAAGAGUGAAUCAAUUGGAGUGAUGAUGAAUUGUCGUAAUACCAUUAGUAUCAAUAACUAUGUCAAUUCUAUUUCAAUCAUUCCAUCGUCCAACAUUAUAGUAGUCAAUCAUGUACACAAGGAUGUUGAUGAUGAUGAUGACCUUGGAGAUAACCAUCAACAUAUGACAUUCCAAGCUAAAAGUAUGUCCUCCUCCUCCUCCGCAUCGAUGUCUUGUGGUUCAUCGUCAUCAUCAUCAUUGUCAUCUUGUGUGAUGAUGGAGAUCGUCUAG